GGAUUCUGGCGAUGCUGCAGUGCCUGGGCCGCGGGAGGUGUCUAUCCCUCUGCCUCGACCGGGCGGCGGCGGCGGCAGGUUCAGCCUGGGCUACUGCGAGGGCGGCCACACCUCAUAGGAGCUAUCCUACCAGAGGUCUUAGCAAAGUGUCGUCUGUGACCAUGGCAACAGGCAGCAGUGAUGGACCACGAUGCUCAUCGGGCCCAAAGCCAAAGCAGCAUACCAACCGACUGAUCCACGAGAAGUCUCCCUAUCUUUUGCAGCAUGCACACAAUCCUGUAGACUGGUAUCCAUGGGGCGAAGAGGCAUUUGGCAAAGCAAAGAAAGAAGACAAGCCAAUCUUUCUGUCAGUUGGUUACUCUACAUGCCACUGGUGCCAUGUUAUGGAACGGGAAUCAUUUGAAAAUGAAGAGAUUGGCAAAAUCAUGAAUGAGAAUUUUGUUUGCAUCAAGGUUGACCGAGAGGAACGACCAGAUGUUGAUAAAGUUUAUAUGACAUUUGUCCAGGCAACAAGUGGUGGAGGCGGUUGGCCAAUGAGUGUCUGGCUGACCCCUGACCUCAAACCUUUUGUUGGAGGGACUUACUUCCCACCUGAAGAUGGAUUCCACCGCGUGGGGUUUAAGACAGUGUUGAAGAACGUGGCUGAGCAGUGGAAGAGAAACAGGAAGGAACUAACUGAACGCAGUGAUAAGAUCCUGGCAGCCCUGCAGAAGGGGGUAGAAGUGAGUGCCAACAAAGAGGCAGUGCCCCCGCCAUGUGCCCGGGUGAUGGAGAGGUGCUUCGAGCAGCUGGCGCAUUCCUAUGAAGAUGAAUAUGGCGGGUUUUGCGAAUCUCCGAAGUUCCCUUCACCGGUUAACUUCAAUUUUCUAUUCCGUUUCUGGGCUUUGAACAAGAGUGGAGAGAAAGGAGCCCAGGCGCUUCAGAUGGCUUUACACACUCUGAAAAUGAUGGCCCUUGGAGGAAUACAUGAUCACAUUGGGCAGGGUUUCCAUCGCUACUCCACAGACAGGAGGUGGCACGUUCCUCAUUUUGAGAAGAUGCUGUAUGACCAGGGGCAGCUGGCUGUGUCCUAUAUAGAAGCGUAUCAGAUAUCUGGUGACAUGUUCUUUGCGGAUGUUGCUCAAGACAUUCUGCUCUAUGUCUCCCGAGAUCUGAGUGACCAGUCUGGAGGUUUCUACAGUGCCGAAGAUGCAGAUUCCUACCCUACAACUGAGUCCGUUGACAAGAAAGAGGGAGCUUUCUGUGUGUGGACAGAGCAAGAAAUUCGACAACUUCUCCCAGACCCAGUCCCGGGUGGCACUGAAAACAUAACCAUGGCAGAUGUCUUUUCCUAUCAUUAUGAUGUGAAGGAGCGUGGAAAUGUUAACCCAGCUCAGGACCCUCAUGGAGAGUUGGAAAACAAGAAUGUCCUCAUUGUCCGUUACUCACUGGAGUUCACAGCUACCAAGUUUGGCUUAGAAGUGAAGAAGGUGAAAGACAUUUUGGGCACAUGUAGAAAAAGGCUGUAUGAGAUCCGUAAACAGCGGCCCCGUCCCCACUUGGACAGCAAGAUGUUAGCAUCAUGGAACGGUCUCAUGAUCUCUGGUUUUGCUCGAGUGGGUGCAGUCCUCAGGGAGAAGGGUUACAUUCAACGUGCUAUACGGGCUGCUGGCUUCCUGAGGGAGCACAUGUUCGAUUCCAGCAGUGGGCGGCUCUUGCGUAGUUGCUACCAUGGAGAUGAGAGAGUGGUGGAGCAGAUAGCCACACCGAUCCAUGGGUUUCUGGAUGACUAUGCAUUCGUUAUACGUGGACUGAUAGACCUGUAUGAAGUUUCCUUUGAUGAGCAGUGGUUGGAAUGGGCUGUAAAGCUCCAGCAAAUACAGGAUACCUUGUUCUGGGAUGCUAAAGGAUUUGCCUACUUCUCUGAUGAUGCCCAAGAUCCAUCAGUGCUAAUUCGCCUCAAAGAAAAUCAGGAUGGUGCGGAACCCACUGGCAAUGCAGUAGCUGCUUCCAAUCUUGUGCGCCUGGCAAAUUUCGCCAACCGACCAGACUGGAGUGAUAGGUCAAGACAGCUCGUAGCAGCAUUUAGAAAACUGUUGGAUAAUAUGCCCAUCGCACUGCCGGAAAUGGUAACUGCCCUGAUGGCACAACAUUACCCACUGAAACAGAUCGUGAUCCGCGGGCAGCACGAAGCACCUGACACACAAGAGUUGAUACAGUGCAUCAAUAACCACUUUGUACACAACAAGAUAUUACUUUUGGCGGAUGGAAACUCCAAGAGCUGCUUGUAUCAGAUGCUGCCCUUCCUGUCAACGCUUGUAUUGAAGGAUGGUAAAGCCACUGCCUACGUUUGCCAGAACUAUUCCUGCUCCCUGCCAGUUACAUCAGCCAACGAGCUACAGACUUUACUUGUUAAAUGAUAAUAUGCAAAAAUGGGCAACUCAUUUGCUAUUAGUCUCUGCCAAUCCUGUGGAAUUUGUUUAUAAGUUUAGCCUUCAAGAGUAGUAUUGUAUCUUCAGCAAGGUGGACAAGCCUCAAGAUGGUAGUAUGGGAUAGGUGAUUGUGUAUUUUCAAAACUAAUUUUUGCUCAGUUAUUAUGAUAUUUAACUGGUUUUGACAGAUUACAAUUUGGCUUCGAAUGACAUUAGCAAGAUAUAUGCAAACAUACCCCAGUAUCCUGGUACUGAGGGAGUGUGCAUAGCCAGAGGUUUCAUUUUUUUGGAUUAGAGACAAAAUCCUAGCUCUGUUUACCCUCUUGGGUGUAUGUAAAAGAUCCAGUUGCAUUAUCUUGAAGGAAAACAGGAGAUUUAUUCCUGGUAUCCUGGUCAAUGUUUAUCCCUCAGCUAAGGAAAAGAUCAUCAGUAGGUUAUUGUUGUUUGUAGGAUCUUGCAGUGCCCAACCUGGUUGCUGCAGUCCCUACCUGGCUACAGUGACUACACUUCAGAAAUAUCUUGGUAGGUGUAAAUAUUUGGAAUGUUCAGAUAUUGUGAAAUACAUUAUGCAAAUGCAAGUAUUAAUGCCUUUCCAUUCCAGACAGCGCAUUAAUCUAAUACACCUUUGGAGCUGUUUCUCCUGCCCCCAAUCCCAGGUGCUUUCCAAUCUAUCAGAGCUCCAUGGAAGCACAUGCACCUGUGAAAUAAAAUGUAAUCUUCCUGCCACUUCACUAAGGAAUACAUCACCGUCUCCCUGAAGUGCCAUUCUAAGGCUUGAGUACUGCAAUCUAAGCAGAUACUCCAGACUGUACUCUGGAAGUACUGCAUUGUCAGAGGUGUGGCCUUUCUGACAUCUAUCCUGUUAGGACUGAAAGUGGGACUUCCUAAACAGAGAAUAUGACCGCCCCAGCCCCCGGUUGGGGCUGAAGAAUUAACUUAGAAUCAGUAGAAUUGUUAGUGUGAGUUCUGAGGCAAUGGGAGCUGCUGCAGAGUGGAGAGAGAUACAGGUGGGACAGUCCAAGGUUCAAUAUGAGGGCUUGUGUGUGUCUUUUCAUUUUUGGCCAGGCAGUGAUUUGCAUGUUAAGGGAAUGACAUCUGAAGACUCUUCAAUGCCUCCAUUAGAGUAUUUAGAAAGUUAGGUGAGAAAACUAAUUCCUCCUCCCACCAUGGACUCACAGACCCACCCCCCACCGCAGCUAUUUCGUUUUGUCAUCACACCAUGUUUCGAGCGUUAAAAUGGAGUGGAGAAAAUAUUUGGGAAUCAUGGACUCCAAAGGGUCCAUGGCUAACUUCAGAGAAGACCAGGCAGAUUUUUCCUGGCAGCUUGGACUGCAGAUAUUUUUAUUCAGUCAGGUUAUAACACAUGAGAACAACCUCCGAACCACGUAGGACUUGAACCCAGGCCUAUCUGACCCAGGGGUAAGAACAUUACCACUUUGCCAUAAGAGUCCCUCCGUCCCAAACUGUAUUUACCCCCUCGAUCAGCAUCCUAAUUCAGAUUACUUGGUCUUCAUUAUAUUGCUGCUUCAGAAGUACCUAACUGGCUGUGAAGAGUUUGCAGGAGCCCUGUGGUUCCGACAUAAAUACAAUUCUUUAUUCUGGUCAAACCUGUACCCCAUGUCCUGUGACACCAUGAAGAUUAUGACCUGUGACACACUGCAUGAUUUUCCUUCUGUUUGGUCUGUGUUUUGAUUUUUGAUGCUGUUGUUGCAGUCCUUUAAUGAGAAAAUUAAAAUAAUAAUGAUUGGAGAUAACAUGCAGGAAGUGGGGUAUUGUUCCCUCUAAUCAACUGACUGAUUUUGCUGUGGAUGUCAUUUGGAUAUAGAGUACAAGGACCUCCUUGGUGGAGAAUGACCUAGCUGCAGAUGUAAUAGAACAACUUUCUCAUGAUUUUUAAAAUGAUAACAAACAUAGGAUUGCCUAUUACUAUAUUGCAAUGUUAAGCUAUCUCUGCAAAGAAUGGUUGGUAAAGAUGAGCUGCAAAUAAACAUGCAAAAGUAAAAGACAAAA